UGUAGCGCACAAACAGCUGAUCUCAAAAAAUGAAACUAAUAACGCAUAUAAAAUAUACAAAUUUUCCAAAAUGACUAAAAAGAUAUUAAUGGUUUGCAUGGGCAAUAUUUGUCGUUCACCCAUAGCCGAGGCCGUAAUGGCUAAAGCAAUCCAGCAAAGUAAUGUGGCUGCUGAAGAUUGGUUUGUUGAUAGUGCGGCGUUGGUGGGCUACCACUCUGGCUCGUUGCCCGAUGAAAGAGCCUUAAGUGUCUUAGAAAGCCAUGGCAUUACAUACAAUAAAGAAGCUCGAGUAAUAAAACAAGAAGAUUUCAAAGAAUUUGAUUACAUAUUUGGCAUGGACUCCGGUAAUGUGGCUGAGCUAAAGAAAAUUUCUCCGUUGGGAACGAAAGCAAAAAUUUUAUUAUUGGGCGAAUUUGGUUUAAACGAAGACGAUAAAAUUAUACACGAUCCUUAUUAUUUCAUUGGCGAAGCACCGUUUGAAAUUGUCUACCAACAAUGCAAAUUGGCUUGUGAGGCUUUUUUGCAAACACUUCAUUAAUACUUGAUAUAUUCGUUAAUUUUUUCAAUAACAACCUUAAUAUGAAAUAUAAUCUUAUUAAUUUUAAAAAACUCAACACUUUUUUCAAUUAAACACAAAAAAUUUACUUUUAAUAAUAAAUAAAAAACC